AUGGCCCAGUAAUUAAUGCAUUCUUAAAAGUGUUAUUUAUUUCAGUAUUAUUACUGGCCAGUUAUCUAUUCCUCGUAAUCCGCCAUCUUAACCUAACGUUCAGAGGUGUGUUUAUGUGAUUCUGUGCCCCGUGUACAAUAUGUAUUUCACAUUUUUGUUUUUCAAUGAAACAUAUCUUCCGAUUUAAAUUUUAAAUAUUCCUUUUUAUCAAGCCAAUUUUAUGAUUAUAUUAACUUUGUUUUUUAAAUUUUAUCUCAUUUUUAACAAUACAUAAUUUUAUUUCAUUUUUAGCAAUAAUUGCACGAUAAAUUUAAGUUUAUUCUAUAUGUAUUGUACAACGUGUGACAUGUAAAAUAAUUAUUAGUUAUUUUUUAAAUUCAUCUGAUAAAAAAUCUUAAUUAAUUUUAUAAUUGUAACAAAGAUGUUCUCAAAUCUAUUAAAGUUUGAAAUAGUUCUGAUAUUAUUCCGAACUGAAAUUUAAAAAUGUAUAACAAUAUUUGAAAAUAAAACAUUUCAUAAAUACAUCAAAGACAAUUGUGUAAUAUUAAGAAUUGAAGAAAACAGGAUUUUAUUCGUUUAGCUUUUAUUUAUUAACAACAGUUCCACAUAUAUUGAUUUACGAUAGGACUUUUUUUUACUAAAAGAAAAUGCGUUGAAUUUUUUUUUAGUAAAAUGAUACGACGCAGUCCGACGAGACUUGAUUUACGACUAGACGAUCUGGAAGAAUAUGAAGCAAUGAGAAAGGCUCUUGAAGCUAAAAAAGAAUCAGAAAGACCACCAACAACAUUCAGCCCUCCCACGUGGGGUGGUAAAGUGCCACAAAAUGAAAUUCAAGAACGCAUUGGUUAUAUGCCGCAACAAAUUCAACCUACACAUUCACGGCCAAAUAUAUAG